AUGGACUUCACAUUUAGUCCCUCACAGUCCCCGAGACAAAAUACAGUCUACCCUUCCGGAAGAUAUUUCGAUUCCACUUCAGAGAGCUCCAGCCCAGAUUCGCCUCAAAACGUAAAUCAGAUGCUCUUCAACGGCAGCUACGAUAUGUUCAACUACGGCACAACUCCAUCGUCCACACUCGAUGAGCGCGAUCGCAGACGGCGUCGAUCUGGAAGCACGUCCGGCUCGAGCACGAAGGAAAAGGACACCCUCACAAAUAUGCACCUGCGCCGCCGAGCACAGAACAGAGCUUCACAGAGGGCAUUCCGGGAGCGCAAAGAAAAGCACGUGAAGGGACUCGAGAAUCAACUGGAAGACCUCCACGAAAAGCACCAAGACCUCCUUCAAUCUUUCAGCCGCCAAGCCGGCGAAGUAUCACGACUCAACUCGAGAAUAUCGGAACUCAAUGCAGAGCUCAAUGCCCUACGCUCAUGUCAGGACCAAUCAUUCUCUGAGAUGCUCAUGCCCGAGAAGUUCGAUAAAUUCGACGCCUUUGCUGCGCACGACAUGCUAUAUACAGGUCCCGAAAGCUACUUCGACAAGUCAGCAGCAGACCUGAAUGCGGAGUUUGCGCUGCAUUCAUUCGAAGACUCAUUGUGA